GUGUGUGUGAGAAUGUAUGUGUGUGUGAGAAUGUAUGUGUGUGUGUGUGUGUGCGAACCUGCUACUGGCUUCUCAUCCCCUGUCAGUGAGCCAGUCAGGCAGACUCCUCUCUCUUCGUCGUCUUGAGUGGAAUAAAGUCUCCUUCAGAGCAAGAAAGUGUGGUUAAGACAACAGCAAAAAAGUGCGGACAUGUUACAAGAUAAGACCAGCUAGCUUUUAGCCGGAGCGGGCACGACCGGAGAGGAUUUGUGGGCUACACGUGGAACGAAGCAAGCGUCGUUUAAAAAAAAAACACAAAGCGGUUGAGCGCACUCUUGGAACCGGUUGGUCCCGCCAGUUGUCCCGAAUGAGUGCCAAAGCAGCCAUCCACAAGGAGGUCUUCGUACCCCACGACGAGAAGAUGCUGGUGGCCGUGCAGGUGAAGCGGAAGACCAAGAAGAAGAUCCCAUUUCUGGCAACUGGCGGACAGGGGGACUACUUGACCUUCAUCUGCCUCUCAGUCACAAAUAAGAAGCCAGCGCACGUCACCAUCACUAAGGUGAAAAAGUUCCAGGGAUCGUCCAUGUUUGUAAAACGGUCACAGUGGGCAAUCAACCAGCUACAGCAGGUCAAUGGCAUCGACUCCAACAAAGACUCUCCAGAGUUCGACCUGACGUUCGACAACGCCUACGACCAGUGGGUCGCUGGUUCUGCGGGAGAAAAGUGCACCUUUGUCCAGAUUCUUCACCACACCUGCCAGCGUUACAUCCCCUCUCAGAAACCGGAGUUUGUCAACUGUCAGUCCAAACUGCUGGGAGGUAACAGUAUACUGCACUCAGCCGCCGACAGCGUGACGAGCGCCGUACAGAAGGCAAGUCAGGCUCUGAACGAGCGAGGUGAGCGAUUGGGCCGGGCCGAGGAGAGGACUGCCGACAUGAUGAACAGCGCCGAACAGUUUGCUGUCACAGCACACAAGCUUGCCAUGAAGCACAAGUGUUAAAACAACCACUGCCAAAACCAACAGUGGGCUCGGAACGGGUGGGAUGAGGGUCCGCCACUUGCUCAUCGCUGUGCCAAAAAUGCGGACUCCGAUUUUUUUGUUGUGUUUUUUUUUUUUUGGUUUGUUUUUUUUAAAGACAUUGUAACAUUUGUGUAAUUGCAUUGUGUGACGGGAGGAGGAAAUUGUCGACUUGGGACCACUUGAUGAAAGUCUGUCAAUAACGUUCUUGUCGCGCUGACAAGCUGGACCGUUUUUGUUUUUUUUAUCGCCGUUUGUUUGUCGCUUUGUGCACAUGGCGGCGAUCACCCGCUUAUAAUCCGGGAAACAUUUCCUGCACAGUGAUCCCAACGUCCAUAGUGUCCUGUGAAUUGUUGGGGAACGUCUGACUUUGUCAGGGUUUCUCAAACAUCCCGUGAACUACGCUAAAAAAAACAGCGUUCGAUGCCCACGCUGCGUUUUUACCAACAAAAACUGUGCUUUGAGGUUUGCUUCCGUCCAUGAUUUCCGAAUAUAUAUACAAGAUAAGUACUGUAUUAACCUAAAUAUAUGAAAAAAAAUAUCGGUCGUCGUAUAUUCAGUGUGUUUGGAUUCAUACAUGCGCCAAACGACUUCCCAAGCUUUUCUUCCUGUCACUCACACAUGCCAGUGGCACUCAAAAAGAGGGCAAUUUUUUUUUCCUGAAAACAUGAUUUUUAUCUUUGUUUUGUAUCUUUUUUCCCCCCCAAAACAUGCCGUUGUCUUAUGUUCAGGGUCACCUUUAUAUCUGGUUUGAUAAUACAUACUUCAAUAACCACAAAUGAGAGUGCAAACAUUUAUAUAUAUUUCAUUUCUUUAGUAAGACCCAUCAACAAUAUAGAUUUUUGUCAUUUUCAAAAUAUCAAGAGGCUCGUCGCAACACAAUUUGGGCCCCGACCCUCAGAUUCGGAAACCCCGCUUUAAGCUAUGCUGUUGUCUAUAAUUUCAGUAAAUAUAAAAAAUGUAUUUAUUGAUAAAAUGCUUCCACUAUAUUAACCUCAAUGUAAAGAAAAGACAGGUUUUCCAAUAUGCCCGUGGACAUUAUAUAUGCAAACUAGCAUAAGGGGCACCAAAUGACAUCAUCCAUAGCGAACGAGAGCCUUUCUUCCUGUCACUCACACACGCCCCUGGCCUGGGGAGACACAGACACGCUCAAAAAAGGCCCAAAAAAAGCCCUUAAAAGUUGCUGAAAGCAUGAUUUUUUUGUCUUGGGCGCUCCACCCCGAAAAAUACCGUCUUAUAUUCAGGGUGGUCUUGUAGUUAAGUUAAUACGAUAUACUGUAGUUCAAUAACCACAAGGGAGACAGAAACUAUAUAUAAACAGUAGAGGUCAAAAGUUUGGACACGCCUACUCAUUCAGUGCGUUUUUAUUAUUUUCAUGACUAUUUACAUUGUAGAUUGUCACUGAAUGCAUCAAAACUGUGAAUGAACACACAAAAAAAAGGUUAAAUAACUGAAAACAUGUUUUAAAUUCUAGUUUCUUCAAAAUAGCCACCCUUUGCUCCGAUUACUGCUUUUGCACACUCUUGGCAUUCUCUCCAUGAGCUUCAAGAGGUAACGGUUUUCACUUCCCAGGUGUCAUAGUUUUGAUGCCUUCAGUGACAAUCUACAAUGUAAAUAGUCAUGAAAAUAAAGAGAAUGAGGAGGUUUGUCCAAACUUGUACUAUGUAUGUAUUUUUUUUAUUUUCCUGUGUAAGUACCCCUAGUAGUUAAUUUUUUCAGUAUCAAUUUUUUCCCCCCAAGGAAAUUCCAAAAUUCUUGUUAGUUUGUUGUCCAUUUUAUGACACAUAAAACACUUAUUUUUAUAUAAAAUAUACUGUGUACCCUGUUAACCUGAAUAUAAGAAGGGUAUUCUGCAAAAGAAAAGUCCUACUGUAUAUGCGGGGUCGCGAGAAAUGCAAAACAGCCAAACGAUUUUUUUCCAUAAGCAACUCAAAGCUUUUCUGCCUGUCACUCACACACAUGACCUGGCGAGACAGAGAUCGAAAACAAUGUAGUUAGUAUUUUUUUCCAAAAUGCCGUCUUACAUUUAGGUUAAUGCAGCCUAGUAAAUAAACCACAAGUGAGACUGAAAAAAAAUAAAAAUACAUAUACCGUAUUUACUGUGCUAUAAAGCGCGCCAGUAUUUAAGCCACACCCACCAAAUUUUACAAUAAUUUUUUUAUUUUUUUUUUACAUAUAUUAGCUGCACCAGAUUAUAAGCCUCAGAUAUAUACCAUGACAAAAUAUUUAGGAAAUGUUCAUUUACUUACCUAAAUUGUGAAGAGACUUAAACAGCGUCUCUAACGCGGCAGUAAAACGGCUGAUCAAACAAAACAGAAGUCCUCGUCAUGGACCCGCUUGCUGCGUAAGCUAGCUCUCCAAUCAGCUAAACAAACUUAAUAACUUUUGGUGAGUUUACGAAACUAAAACAACACAAAAAUAGAUGCCAUUGUGAGUUAAUAAUACUAACACGGACACUUGAUAGCUUGUUUGCUACUGCUAACGACACUAGCCUGAUUACAUCACGAUAGCACAUAUACAUGAAAACACUACCACAGACAUCACACGGGAUGGUUCGGAUGAAUGAAGUAUACUUCCGGCACAAAAGAAGUAGUACACUGUCAACCCGAAGCACUUGCAUCCAAAAGAUGGCGCCGUAACACAAACAAUAACAACCCUUUUUAGUGUCUCUGUCGGCGGGAUAUGAAAAUUAUUUAUUGAACACAAAAUCUUAUGGCCGUUAGCAAAGAAAAAUCCAUAAAUUGCCCACACCGUUUGUUAAGCCGCAGGCUUCAAAGCGCGGGGAAAAACGAAGUGACUUAUAGUCGGGAAACUACGGUAUUUAUAUUUAUUCCCCGUCCCCCUCAAAAAAUCCAGCCCGCCCUGGAAGAGGAUUAUUUUGUCGGUAUUAGGGAGUUUAUGUUCCCAAAAGGCGCAUCGCUUGGAUAAACUAACUCCUGCCUUGUAAAAAGCAGCAAAACUUCUCUCCAGCUUAUGAUUUGUCUGCGCCUUAUUGAGUCUUUUUCUUACGUUGGUCCAUCUCAAAGCAGAACAACCACAAGGUGAAGUAUUUGUGUUAUGUUUUUCGUUUUUUUGUAAGAUUCCUCGCUGCUAAUGCCGCCACUCGCAUUCCAGAUGUAAUGAAGCUUUUUUGUUUUUAUAUUCUACAUUGCACGCAUGUUUUUCAUCGACAACGUUUUUAACGCGCUGCCAGUUCAGUGGUGUCGUGCUCUUUUAAAAACAAGUGUGGCCUAAAAAAAAAUCAGUGUGCUUUCAAGUCCUCUGCAUAACACACACACAUACACACUUUGGAUGUUUUAUUGUUUUCAUAAUAAAAAGAUGUCUAAUCCAA